GUCUUUAUGCCUCUGUCAUUGACUUCUAUUCACGCUGCAACUUGCUAAUACCUUCAGCUACCUUAUUGUCAUUUUCUCAGAGCCUCGUUGGAUCAAUCACCACCUGUUCAAGUCUGUCCUACUGACCAUUUACAAUUUAUCCUGAUUCAAUCCACCAAAAUACCUCGAGCCAUCUUCUCAAUACCAAUCUUCGACCACUUUACGUCUAUCGCAUACGAUCGUCAAAAUGCUUGUCUUUGGGAGGUCGCUACUCGGCGCUGGUUUCGUCGUGCUCAACAUCAUACGGGUCAUGAACAUAAUAGCUCUGCUCAGUGUGGUGGCAGCCAGCUCGGUUAUGCUGGUCAAGACAUUCAUCGUGUCCAAGUUCUUCUUCUUCGAUGCCGCCCAGCAUGUCAUCACGAUCAUAAUGAGCGGGUUUCUCAUCAUCACAGAACUACCCUUAUUCAAAACCUACAUAGGUCGAAAUUGGCCACUCUUUAGUGCUCGAUCUGGGUUCCUCAUGCUUGGACUUGCCAUGGUCUUCCUUGGCAACAAUAUGCUUGGGAAUCUCAACAAAGAAGCAACAAGUCAGGAGAGCUUGGGACUGCCGUUUUGGCGCCUGGUCAUUGCUUCGGGGAUUAUCGUUCUGGUUAUGGGUCCAAUCAACAUUUUGGCCACCUUUAUCUUCAGAGACAGAAAGACCCAGGUCACUGCCCGUCAAGUCCGUUCUCAUGGCGCUGUCGCCUCGCACAAGGUCGAUGUGGAAGCUGCAACGCCGAAACCUCCAAGCCGGCGAAGUCAUUACCGAUCUUUCUUUCUCGGCACCAAGCGCGAUUCCCUACCUCCGUACAAUUCGCGCAAGGCUACGAAGCAGAACGACAUGGUCGAGACACCUAAGAUGCAUCUCGCCAUUUCCAGUCCCUUUCAGACGGUUCAGAGUCCAGGUGGAGCAAGCUCGAAAUACAGCCAGAGUCCCAAGUCUGAGCGAUAUUUUGUGAGCCCAGAAAUCAGCCGACCAGAUUUGGCCCGUCACCCUGCAAUUGCACACGGACAGGCUCUUUAGGAAAGAGCUGUCGUGAACGGGUUGGAGUGCCAAAAGGGUCCUUGGUCUACGGCGAAACAGGGUUGAUGAC